AUGAGUCCAGAAGAACCAAGGGUUAAAAGAAAUAGCUCUGAAAAAAAAGAAGGGGCAGAUUAUUCUUAUAAAGAGGCUUUAUUGAAAUGUGAAACCGAAGAAGAGUGUGAAUAUAAAACAAAAAUAAAAAUAAAAAUAGGAAAUAAUCAAAGAAUAUUGCUACUAAUUAGACAUUAUAAAGAUGAAUAUUAUUUGAUUAUUCAUCAAAAAAAAUUAAUUGUAGCAUAUCCAAUGAUAUAUAGAAAAAUAGCUCCUCAAAAAUCAUUAUAUAGUUAUAAAGUGUUUUAUGAAAAAGGGAGUGAAAAAUAUGAAGUACAAAAUAAAAGAGGAAAAGAUAGAUGUGAUAAGUAUGAUUUUAAUAAUCAUGAAAGAACAUCAAUUCCUACCUUCGAAGGAUUUAAUAACAAACCAUUUUCCAUUUGCUGUUCUUGCAUUGAUUUUCCUCAUUUAUAUGAAUCAAUAAAUAAUAUUUAUUCUGGGAUACCAAAAAAUAUGAAGUUACAUUGCCCUCGUGAUAAUGAAACUAAUAGAAGAUUAUAUAAAGAAAGGAUAGUAUCUAUUAAAAAAAGUGUAAGACAUUUGCUUCCCUUUUAUGCCAUAUUUCGUUUUAAAAGAGAUGUGAAAAUAUUUCUUGUUUUUAAUAUUACAAUAAUAAAAAAAGAAGACAGCUUUUCCAAAUAUUACAAAUUAUAUAAAGACAAGUCUGAAUUAACUAGUUUAAGUUAUAGACACGUGUUAGAUGAAUCACCACAACAAAUAAAAUUAUUUGAUGAUAAAAUUUUUAGCAUUGAACAUUCCUCUUUUGCUUUUGAUAAUAUUAAUAUUCCUACUAUUUAUAACAACUUUUUGUUAUAUCCAUUUUAUCCAGAGGAGUUACAUAACAUCAAAUACGAUACAUUAGAUUAUGGAUGUUCUUAUAAUAAAGCUGUUAGAUUUGAAUGUAUUGAAAAUGAUGAAAAAAAAUGCGUAUAUACAAAUUCUACUUGCUUAAAAAGGUCUGUUUUAAUACCAAAAAAUUACGUUUCAGAUAAAAAUGAUGUAUGCGGAUUAAUUGGGUAUAGUGAUGAAUCUAUUGCAAUAAAUGAAAAUUGUGUAGAGUCAUCAAGAUGCAUCAGAAAUACAGUAGAGUCAUAUUUAAAUAAAGCACAAGAAAUUACAAAAGGAAAUGAAGAAAUUAUGACAAAAUUACCUAUAAUUAAUGGAAAAUAUCCACAUUAUAUUUUAAAAAAAAAAGAUUAUGACAUAGAUACACCAGAUAAAAGAACAGUCAAAUUUUUUACUGACUUAAAUAUAGAGCAUUAUAUAGCUUAUGAAUAUUUUAAAGAAGAUAGAACAGAAUAUACAAUAACUAUAAAAAAUAUAAAAAAAAAAGAUGUACUUCAAAGUUAUAAAAAUUUUGAAUAUAAAGAGAACAAUUUAAAAAGAGAUAAUUAUGGUUGUAGUUCUAAGAUAUGCAAUGACAAUAAUACUAAUAUAUUUUAUAAAACCCAAGAAGAUAAAGAAAAGUUAGAGGAAGUGAAAGAAAAUUUAUAUGAUGGUACUGUUUUUUACUUAGAAACUUUAAACGAAUUAAGAAUUAUUAAUAUUCUAUAUUCUGAUAUAUGUAAUGAAUUAAAUAAAAGUUCCUGUGGAGUACUAGUUCAUAUAUGGAAUCCCUCAAAAGAAGCAAUAAAAGCUAGGUUAAAAUUGCAAUGUAUUAUAAAUAUUGAAGAAAAAUACAUUGAUGAAAAAAAUCUUAUUUUUGAUGAAGGAGUUUAUCAAUUUUUACUUUUCUUUAAGGUACCUUUAGAUAAGUUUCAAUAUUUUAGAGAUUGCACUGUUUAUGCUUAUGGUGCUUUUAAAUUAUAUGAUAGCCAAACUUAUGUUCAUUAUAAAAAAGGAUUUUUUAGAAAUCUUUUAAAUUAUCAAACAAAUGAAGUUAGUGGUGUUAAGUUUUAUUCAGAAGGAAUAAAAAGAUUUAUUUGUUGUCAUGAGGAUGUGAAAAUUUGCAAAAUUAAGAAUAUUCCCACAUGUAAUACAAAUGAUUCUUUUAGUUUAAUCAAAAUUCUGAUUUCUAUUUUUUUAAUUUUUUUUAUUCUAAUUCCUCUUGUAUAUUAUAUUAAGAAAAAAAAAAAAAAUCGUAGCCGAAUAAAUAAUAGUAGUAGUAAUAAUGCUUCUUUUAAUAAAAAUGAAAAGGACACAUAA